CUAAGAAAGUUCAUAAUGAUUUCAGGUACAUGCGAAAAUGGCGGCACAUGCGUUUAUAAUAUUACAAGUCCAAACAAAGCAAAAAAUAACCAAGACGAAACUAUACGUUCUUGCGUAUGUCCAAGUGGUUUUAAUGGAAACAACUGCGAAACAGCAAUAGACGAGUGUGCCUCGAACCCAUGCCUUCACGGGACAUGUGUAGAUUUACAUGACGCGUUCUUGUGUAUUUGCAACCCUGGAUGGGAGGGGGUGCAGUGUGACCAAGACAUUGAUGAAUGUUUAUCUAACCCAUGCGGAGAAAAUGGUAACUGCACUGACCUGGAAAAUGAGUAUGAUUGUGAAUGCCCCUUUGCAUAUGCCGGGAACUGCGACUGUAUUGACCCCCUGAUGGCAAACCUGGUUUACGGUUACAAGGACGUAUACGACUCGAGUGCAGGUUGGGGCGGACAAGCAGAGUUUGCUGUCAACCAGGAUUUUAGACCAAUUCACGCCAAUCUAUACUGUCAGCACAGUGCCACCUCGGACUUGACACCAUCCUGGACCAUUAAGUUGAUCCAGUCAUUCCCAAUAAGGAGAAUUGUUAUAACGAACAGAAUGGAUUGUUGCUCGGACAGGUUAAGAGAUCUGAACAUUACGGUAGGAACUGAUAUCUGCGCUACAUAUGUUGGUCCCGCCACAGGAAUAAGGACUCUCACAAUCGAGUGUGAUACAGAUGAUUUGGUUGGAGAUGAAGUUACCAUUACGAAGAAUGGACGAGCCCUCACUUUGUGCGAAGUCGAAAUUUAUUCAUUUAGAUAAACUGGCAGAUGACUUCAAAGAUGUUUCUAACAAUUCUUAAGCAACAAGACUUUGACAACAACCAGCAAAACAAAACCUUUGAAUCUUUCACGAUAUAAU